CUAGGCAAAAUCAUCGUUUGCGACUCGAUAGUUAGCAUUAAGUGUGUAGAGAGCCUGCUCAGUCUAUAUAUUUAGUGAUGCAAAACCGCUUGAUGAAAUCGUUUGAUCCCUGUAUUUGCUCUGGACAUAAAUUUGACUCCUUCACAAAAUAUUCCUGGUCUUCUUGAUUUUGCGUAGGUGAAUGGAUAAGGAUCUUAAGGCAUUUUGUGUGAGGAAUUUUUAUCGAUAACAUUCAGCAGAGCUAUUUUUCAUAUUAUACGUACAUGCAGGGCCUACAUACUUAUAAGGCAUUUGAGUUUAAUCUCCAUCUUGAGUCAUCACCAGGUAGCAGAAUCAACAUUUUGAUAUCAUGAUGUUUCAGGGAAUAAAACUGGUGCUGCUUAUUGGUGCUGUGGUCAUCUGCAAAGCCCAGGAAUACACGGGUGUUGAGGGAACCGGUCCGCACUUAGUGAAGCAACCGCUUGAUGAGAUCUUUAAUGUGGAUAGUAGCAGCAACUCGGUCAUCUUGGAUUGUGAGGCAGAGGGUGAUGCUAGUCCAGACUAUGCUUGGAAGAAAGAUGAUGUCAUGAUCGACCCAGCGGUGGAUACUAGAUACACUGUGGGUAGAGGCAGGCUAACGAUCACCGAUCCAGACCAAACUGACGAUGUGGGCAGCUAUCAGUGCUUUGCCAGCAACCAGAUCGGAACAAUCAUGAGCAGAAAGGCAAAGCUUGAAAUAGCUUAUGUUGCCCUGUUUCCGGACCCACCACCCAGUAACAUGCAGGUCGAACUUAACACAGGAGUAUGUAUAUCAUGCAACCCACCAGAGAACUACCCAGGACUGACAGUGAACUGGUACCGAAGCAUGAUUCCAGUGUUUCAGAGCAGACAUGCACACGUUGCUGCUGAUGGUAGACUGUGCUACACCAGCUUCAUGGAAUUUGACGCAGGCACCUAUGUCUGUUAUGUGACUAACAUCAUCAACUCUGCUGGGGGAUCGUCUGUUGUUAAGUUCAGCGAUUCAUUUGACGUCACUGCUGCUGAGGCUACCAGUGAUGCUGAGUUCGGCCCUCAAGUGGCCAUUGGAGUUGAAGAUCAUGAAGUCCUUGUUGACCACGAUGAAAUUAUACUAAGUUGCUUCUUCUUUGGAAACCCCGAACCGGAACUGACCUGGCAGAGGAAGAGCCCAGCAGGUGCAGACCUACCACUCGGUGCAGAGCUCCGAUUCAACAACCAGCAUUUGAUCCUCAGGAAUAUACAGAUUGAAGAUGCUGGGGAGUAUGAAUGUAUGACCACUAAUGGUGGAGGAAGAACAUCUGGAACCAUUACUGUCCGAGUCCCACCCACCUGGCUGCAAGAAAUCUCUGACAUCGAGGGGAACAUCUACGGAGACUUAUCCAUGAAGUGUAAAGCAGAGAGUCCCGAUGGCGUAACCUACACAUGGUACCGCAAUGCUGAGGUGAUCCAAGACCUUCCCAGGCAUCAGUUCAGCAACGGUUUGAAGACACUCACCAUCCAGAAUCUGACUGUGGAAGACACCGGGAUGUACCAGUGUAUGGCUAGUAAUGAAUACGGCCAGAUAUACACCACAGCACAGGUCACUGUACAAGCCAUUGCACCAUGGUUUGAGACGCCCCUUGAGGUGGACCAGCCAGCACCCCGUGGUGGCUCAGUGACCAUCCUCUGCCAACCUAAAGCUGCACCCACACCCGUCAUCGUCUGGACCAAAGGAAGCGAGACCAUUGAGAACGGUGGCCGCUACACCGUCAUGGACAACGGUGAUUUGAUGAUCAGUGGUGUUAGUGAUGCAGAUGGAGGAGACUACACCUGUACGGCUACCAAUAGCAUGGGAACUGAUUCAAGCACUGGUAGCUUGAUCAUCAAGGAUGGUACAGCCAUGGUGGAGCCACCCAUGGCAUUGACUGUAAACGAAGGGGAGAUGGGCACAUUGACCUGCCGUGCAUCACACGAUCCGUUCUUUGAGCUGGAGUAUGUGUGGCUGAAAGAAGGAAUCCAAGUUGAUCCUCGUCUCCCUAACUAUGAGAUACCUCAGAUCCAAAUGGGCGAGCCAAGUCAGCUGCAUAUCAAAGACGCCACUAUGGAUCUAGGAGGGGAGUACAUGUGCACUGCCACCACAACCAUAGAUGAAGUGACGGCUUCGGCCAUGGUGACCAUCCGAGGGCGCCCCGGUGCCCCAGCUGGUAUCAGUGUUGUGGUCAGCGAGUUGACGGCAAACAUCAGCUGGAGUCGUGGUCUGGAUAACAACAGUCCCAUCUUGUCGUACAGUGUGGAAGGCAGUACCAAUCACAUGGCAGAUUGGACCAUCCUUAGAAAUGAUAUCCCUGCGGCAAACACACACAUCCGUCUGACUGGUCUGUCGGCAUGGAGUACCUACAAGUUCAGAGUAGUUGCAGUGAAUGAGAUUGGAAGGGGUGACCCCAGCGAAGAGUCUGAUGAACAAGCAACAGCCCAAGACCGACCAACAACUGCACCCUCUAAUCUCGGUGGUGGCGGAGGGAGUUACGACAACCUGAGGAUCACAUGGGAGCCUCUGCCAAGCCAGGAGUGGAAUGCACCCGGUCUAUUCUACAAGGUCUUCUGGAGGGAGCAGGGUUCUGGAAACGCAUUCCAGGAAGUUUCUGUUAAUGAUUCUACAGUAGGAGUCUAUGUAGCGACAGGUGUACCAGCCUACACACCCUUUGAUGUGGAGAUACAGGUGGAGAAUGACCAGGGACCUGGGCCAAGGACUGAGACUGUGGAAGUCUAUUCUUAUCAACUAAGUCCCGAGGAAGCCCCAAGCUCAGUGACGGCUAAAGCCAUGACAUCCACUUCAAUUAAAGUUACUUGGACAGGAAUUGACUCAAGUGUAAUCACUGGUGAACUCCAAGGCUACAAGGUCACAUACUGGCCAGAAGGCUCCAACAGUGAGCUCGGAGAAAUUGCCACAGUUAUGGGUUCUGACACAAAGACCACCAUUGAGAAUCUUGAUCCUAACACCAUGUACUACCUGAUUGUCAGGGCAUACAGUGGGGGCGGAGACGGACCCUCUAACCCCGAUGCUGCAAUGGCUACCACCCUCAAAUCAGUCACCACAACUGAGAUGCAGACACCUACAGAGCCGAUUGCACCUUUGCAGGCACCUACUGGAGUUGUCCUUAGUAUUAAGGGAACAACCAGCAUGUUGGUGAAAUGGACUGGCAUUACCUUAUCAGAGGAUGAAGAAACACUUUCAGGAUACAAGGUUCUUUACUGGCCCCAGGGAAGUCUUGAAACUGAUGCCGAGGUGGAGAAAGCAGGAAAGACCGCAACACAGAUAACUAUUGAUGGUCUUAAGCCAAGCACCAAGUAUUUUGUCAAGGUCUUGGGUUACAGUUCAGGGGGUGAUGGUGUGACCAGCGACCCUGCAGCUAUUACUACAGGAGCCGAAGGACAAACUGAGCCACGUGGAUCCGCGGCAGGCCUGUCACAAUCCGUUGUUCUCGUACUACUUCCUCUUCUUGUCGCCUUUCACCUCCGUUGAAGUUCUCCGAUCACCCAGUGUCUUUUCAACCCACAGUAAUCUUGUGUAUAUGUUUUUUGAUAAUUAGUCGGCCUAUGAAGCUGCAUGAGGUUGUUACGUUCUAUGAUUCAAUUACGAAUCGAUCCAGAAGUGUUUUAUAUUCUUAAUACUCGGGACAGUCUAAAUCAAUGUAGAUGCGUAGAACAAAAACGGGGAAAUCCAAUAAUAAUUAGAGUCGUAGAUUUCAGAUCAUUUUCGGAAAUUGAUUUUGAUGGAUUAGACGCACAUACUUUUCCAGUUAAUAUUCAGGUAAAACUUUGUCUAUAGCUGUGGGUUCACACUUGUCACACAUGUGGUGCUGUGGGUUCACACGUGUCACACACGUGGUGUGUUUUGUACUAAAGAUAUGAUUUGUACAGAAAUCAGGUUUCCAAAAUAUUUAGUCAACAGUUACUACCGUAGUAUGCCUAUGUAAACAGUACUACAUCGUAUGAAUGUGGUUCAAUUUGAGCUUCGCUUGUACAAAGCUUGUUAUUUUAUCAUUACCCAAGAAGUAGUAAUCUAUGCUGAUGUACAGUCCCUCUUCCGUUAGUUGUCAUUAAUACAUCUCAGUUGUCCUUUCCCCCGAACCAAAGGUGUCCUAAGACAGAUGUUUUACUUUUAUAUGAGUUUGUGAAUAGUGUGUACAGUUGUUUUUUGUAUUUAUGAGUGAGGAAAAAAACCUGUACGUUUUGUUGUGCAUUGACUAUGAUGCAAGUACUUUAUCAAUCGUCUCAGGUUAACUCGACUGCAAACGUUUACUGGAUAAUUGCUGUUCUGUGCUUUGAUGUUGGUUUUGAAUGAAAUCACUUGUGCAAGGUUGUGGGUUGUAAGAUCCGAUGGACUUUGCUGCGUGAUGGGUGGCAAUUUAUUUUCUUACCUCGUGAUCUGUGGCAAUUUAUUUUCUUACCUCAUAUUGUUCUUCUGUGUGCCACCCACGACAAGUUCAUAUCAUUUGGAUCAAAUACAGCAAUGCAAAUUAUGAUUGGGUGAAGUCUAUAACCGUGAGGUGUGUUUACUUGACUUCAUAGAGGGCGAUUGACUCAGUAAACAAUAACAGUCUGGUACCCAUUAAUCCUCAGGCAGUCUAUGCAUGAGAUAAUGAAAGUCUAUGGCUAGCUGAUCAAUGGUUUUGGUGGGGCAGACAUUGGUUGUUCAAAGAAAAUUUGCUUGAAAAUUUGCUUGAUUUUUGUUUUUUCUUUAAAAGAAGAAAAAAAAAAGAUGACAACAAAUUUGAAAAGUUAUACCAAUGAAUGCCCGGAAACUAAAAUAUUAUGCCUGCUGGCCAGGGUAAUGAUGAUACACAGAUACUAAAGUUUGCUUGAGACGAGAGUUUUCUUUUUGUUUUCAGUUCAACUGUUAUUAUUAACGUUAUUUUGUGUGUUCACGUUGAGGCUUAUUUUCAGUAAUUGUAACACUGUUGUUAAAUAUUUUAAGAAUAAUUAUAAAUGUGUCUGAAGUUAUGCAAUUUUUAUCAAGACUUGUUUCUAUGCCUUCAUAUCAUGAACAUUAUCAAACAGUUUCAUGAAAGGGGUUGAGGGUUUCCAGUGGAUUAUUAUCUUCCAUUUUUCACUGAAUGCUAUGAUGCCAGAACAUUUUGCAUGAAGGUUUCUUGAUAUACACGGAUGCAUUGUUAUUUCUUUAGGCCCAUUUUGAAAUCGCUGGUUUCGCUGUGGCUCUGCUUACGGCUGAGUGUUUGAAGCCUUCUACCGGAAGCCUAAGCCAGAUCCAGGGUUAGGAAAGGACAUCAAUUAUCUUAAUGCAUUUGAAAGAAAGCGGACAAUUCCUAAUGUGUAUGGCUCAAGGCUGAACCUGUACUCUGAACUUUGAGUUGAAACUGUUUGAUGUGAAUCGGAGGGUUUUAAAAAGUGAAGUACAUGUAGUAUAGAGAAGGCAGUUAACAAUGUAUGUGAAUGCACCAUGUUUUGAGACUUUGGUAUUUUUUUUUUCAAGAUGGGGUUCUGCUGUAUAAAAAGGCUGGCAGUGUUUCCGUGACAGUGAUGACACACUAACCAGCUAUGCAGUUUGAGUGAUUAAAGAACUAGGAAAAAUGUUGACUAUUAGUAGGUUCAUUCCCUGCUGUUCACGUCAAUGAAACCCCAGUUCAAAAACAACACACUGGAGCCUUGUAUGUGGAUUGGAUUUUUAUUCCCUUUUACGAAGGGUUUUAUCAGACGCCUGAACCUGAAUAUUUUCCUCUUUGUCUCUUAUUCAUUCUGUUAUAGACGGAUUCAUCAGGCUCCGCCCACGGCCCACGUGUGAGCAAGACAACGUGUGCUUUUCCAAUGCCAUUCUGCACAACUCUGCCGCGCGUGCCAAGCAUACGCGCAGGCAUGUCAGACUUUAUUUGUCGAACUUUGGUUGCGCAAUGGGUUGUGAUUGGUCAUUAUGCAAUAGGGCGGAGUUUAAUGAAUCGGUCUAAUGGCGCUUGCGCUGUUAGAUGUGUAAUAAAAUGUAAAGGAUGGACACUGUUUGUAACAGUUGGUCUCUUCAUCUUGCAAGUGAAAUGCCAGAGUGUAAAAGGGUACUGAUUUUUAUACAUGUGUGACUCUAAAAUAACCAAAUAGUAAGCUUUUUUUGCACGUUUCCUAACUUCUUUUUCCAUUUUGCUUCUUUCUGGGGUUUUUCUUUCUUCGUCCUCUAUUAUUUUUUUAACAAAAAUUAACCUUUAAGGUUACUAACUGUGACGGAGCUGAUUUAUUGCAUCCAGAUUUAAUCUGUAAUAUAGUGAAAAGUUGUAAAAAAAAAAUGAUGUGGAGUCUCAAUUUCCAUGAGUGCAUGUUCAUGUUGUAGUUUCGUGUGUGUAAGUGGUUUCGUGUAGCGCUUUGUGGCAGUACUGUAAUUUCAUUGUGACAUAAAAUUUUAAACGAGAUAGAAAACAAGAAGAAAAAAAAUACUAAUAAAUAAAUAAUAUCGAAACCAAAUACGAAUCCGAUCAAUUGACAAGCAAUACUCUGAAUGCAAACAAAUUGGAGAUUUUUUGAUACACAAAGUGUGCAUAUAUUAAUGAGGGUGCUUCCAAACUUGCCAUUGGAUGUUUUGAUGGUGUUGAUAUCUAGCACCAACCCCAUUUGAUCAUCCUGCAUUUUGUAAUAGAUGGGGAAGUCGCCAAUGACUGGCCUUGCUUUGCUUGUAGUAUUAAUGGUAGAGUCCGACUCAGGCACACGCAGUAGCAUUAUGCACACUGGAUAGCUCCAACCAAAGCUGUAGUUUCCCAAAACCCAUUGAAACUGUACUUGACACAAGUGGCACAGUCUUGCACCAAACUUAACACCCGACUGUAGUUUUUCUUAAUCCACGUCCCCAUACACUGGUCCUUCCCUCUAGUCUGAAUGAAUUAUGCCUUAUUAAUGAAUAUGAUAGACUUCAGACAAUGCACUGUAUAGGAAAAGUUGCACGUUCGUGAAUAUGCUUGUUUAAGCCAGAUUAUGCAUUUUCCUAAGUGGCGUAGCUUUUACGACAGAAUACUGUGUAGCAUUAGAACAAGCUCUCUUAGUAUUAGACUGCAGUGGACUAAAUUGAUAGGUAGUAAAUCAUGUCUGAGACCAAAUACUAUUGUAGAAAACAGUAGAGCACAUCUCUCCCAACUUCUAGAAAUUGAUUCCUAAAGCCGUUCCAUUUUUUCAUCGUUAAGACCAUUUGUAAAGAGUGUUAUUAUUACGAUUAUAACCAUUAAACCUAAAUGUUGUAUGAUGUUGUUUAAAGUGUAGUUCACCAUGUUAUUAGAGAUUAGUUUUGUAGAAAAGGUUGUGCUUUUAUGUAGAUCUUGUAAGAGCAUAUGACUGGCAUAAGCUUUGUAUAUGUAAUGUUUCCCGUACCCCAAAUUACAUUGGUGGCGAGGACAUAGUUGAAUCUAGGAUUUCUUGAACUGAUAUUGUUCGCUUUGAUAGAUUCUUGGUAAAUCGUCUCUAAAAGUUGGUUUAGUACCAAAGGUAGUACUUCUAACGCUACAUAAAUUAUGUUAUAACACCCCUUACCAAUAUUCUGCCUUUUCAUUGGUUUAGAGCGCGUCACAUGAUAUGUCU